UAAUCGUACUAAAUAUACACGUACAUAUUCUACAUGUCAGCUUCAAAACAUUGAUUCAAUAUCUUCUUGAAUUUCAUUGUGAUCCACUGAUUCACAUGUAAAGCUAUCCUGUUGAUGAUAUUUGUGAUACCUUCAAGUUUUUUUUUUUCUUUGAGGGCAAUCCUUCAAGCAAGUAAAAACCCUUGUUUCCAAAACACACACAGAAUUCAAGGAUUCCUAUACCAAUAUUACUACAAAUGGGAGAAUUGAUGCAGAUUUUUCACAUGAACAAAGGAGAAGGAGAAGCUAGCUAUGCCAAAAACUGCACUGUUCAAAGGCAGAUAAUAUCAUUGGGCAAGACAGUGAUGGAGAAAGCCGUGUACGAUGCAGUAAAAAACAGUCUCCCAAAGAGCAUGGGAAUAGCCGAUCUGGGGUGCUCCUCUGGGCCUAACACUUUGAUGGCCAUCUCCGAGAUCAUCGACGAUGUUCGCGACACGUGUCACGAGAUCGGCCUCCCCCUGCCGGAGCUGAGGGUGGCGCUGAACGAUCUCCCCGGCAACGACUUCAACUACGUGUUCAUGUCGUUGGCGGACUUCAACCACAACCUCAACAACAACAAGGGCAUUCCCUCCGACCGCUGCUUCAUAUCGGCGAUGCCGGGUUCCUUCUACGGCAGGCUCUUUCCCAUCAACUCUUUGCAUUUUGUGCACUCUUCUUCCAGCCUUCACUGGCUCUCUCAGGUACCAGUGGGUCUGGAUCACAACUCAGGAAAACAUCUCAAUAAAGGCAAGAUUUACAUAUCGAAAACCAGCCCCGAAUGUGUGGUGAAAGCGUACCUCCGCCAGUUUGAGAAGGAUAUGUUUGUGUUUCUGCGCUCGCGGGCGGCGGAGGUGGUGCCCGGAGGGACGAUGGUGCUGUCAUUUAUGGGCCGCGCCUCGCCCCUCGCCUCCGCUGAAGUCGGCACCCACCAGUGGGAGCUACUAGCCCAUGCACUCAUGGCCAUGGCCAAAGAGGAGGUGGUAGAAGAAGAGAAAAUUGACUCGUUCAAUACUCCAUACUACGCAGCAUCAGCUGAGGAAGUAAGAAAUGUGAUAGAAGAAGAAGGCUCGUUUGUGAUGAAUUAUAUAGAGGGUUUGGAGAUCGGUUGGGAUGGAGGUUCCGUGGAGAGUCAUCAUGAUUUCGAGGUAUCUUCCAAGGCCCAAAUUGUUACACAGAUGAUUAGGGCAGUUGUGGAACCAAUCAUGGAGUCGCAUUUUGGGUCACAAGUUAUGGACGAUUUGUUUCGUCGGUAUACUCAGCUUCUCCAACAUUAUUUUUCCAAAACCAUAGCUAAACACGUCAAUCUUGUCAUUUCUCUCACAAGGAAAUUUUAGUCAAAUAAGGAAAUACUAAUAUCUUACUAUUAUUCACUUUUAUAAAAGAUGAGUGAAGUGAUUAGAAUAUAAAUUUCAAUUUUUGUAAAAAUAACUGUUGGUAUAAUUGGAGCUACUUGUAU